AUGUCGGGGAAGUUCUGGCGCGACGUGACGGGCGCCCGGAAAUUUCUUUCGCCCGAGUCGUGCCUGCCAUCCCGUGUCGCGGAAGCGAGGCGGCUAGUGGCACGGGAGCUUUGGGCUCCAAACUACACAAACGCGCCGAUUGUCCAUUUGACACUCGAGUCGCCCCACAAGAAGGAAGUCAGCAUUCCGGUAGGCUCCAACCUCACCAACGCGAGGUUCGUCAAUGCCUUCCUCGGCGAGGCGGACUUUGGCGAGGCGCUCGCGCCGGGGGGCGACUUUACCGGCGCCGAGGCCACCAAGGCGGACUUCAUCAAGGCGGACUUGCGCGGGGCGUCGUUCCGCAGCGCAAACUGCGUCGACGCCAACUUCGGCGGCGCGUCCAUCGCCGGCACCGACUUCUUGGGCGCGGAGCUGUGCCGAGCAGGCCCGACAGACAGGAACGAGCGCUGGCUCGAUUUCGUUCGUGCCAGCGGCUCUCGCCAUUGGAUGUUUGGCGGUGACGGCGGUGAUGAUCUCAUGGGCGGCGAGUCCCUUGAGCAGAUGCUGAUGGAGACGGCGGCCGACGAUCUCAUGGGCGGAAGCGGCGGCGCAUCGUCGGCACGCCGCCCGUGCAGCCCACGCGCAGCGCCCGGAGCCCGCGCUAUCACCCGCGCGGUCUCUUGCUAG